UCUCCAAACCCUAGCACAAGCUCAGCUCCUCUCUAUUCCCCCCAUUUUCCUUGGAAAGUUCAGACGAAUCACUGCCCGGAAAUCUAAAUUUGGGUUUUGGUAAUCGAGGAUAAGAACUAAUGAGUGCUGGUUCUGCAUCUAGUAAGACCGUAAGAGCUGCCUUUUCUCAUUGCGUUCAGCAAGUACGGACUUAUGAUUAUCACCAUUAUCUCUGUCUGCUACACCUUCCUCCAUCAAUGCGAAAGGCCGCGUUUGCUCUCCGUGCUUUCAAUGUUGAAACUGCCCGGGCUAUGGAUGUUGCAUCUGAUCCAAAGAUAGGCCUUAUGCGCCUCCUUUGGUGGCAAGAAGCCAUCGACAAAAUAUUCAUGAAAAAGCUCAUAGAGCACCCAACUGCCCAAGCCCUCUCUGCAGUUAUCUCAGAGCAAAAAAUUAGCAAGAGUUGGCUUAAACGGUCGGUAGAGGCUAGGAUAAACGAUGCUAGCAGAGAACAUGCCUUACCUGGAACAAUCGAGGAUCUCGAGAGGUAUGCAGAGGAUACAGUAUCAACCAUCUUGUACAUGAUCUUGCAAGCUGGUGGGAUUCAAUCUACGGCAGCAGACCAUGCAGCCUCACAUGUGGGGAAAGCUAGUGGGCUACUCUUGUUGCUCAAAUCAUUACCAUAUCAUGCUUCUCGUGGUGGCAGAAUAUCAUAUAUUCCCACUGAUAUAGCAGCAAAAUAUGGGUUACUAGUAACAGGCAAUGGCCAAUCUGAGAUUCAAAUGGAAGCCGGCGAGCGGCUUUCAGAUGCUGUAUUUGAAAUAGCUUCAAUAGCAAAUGCUCAUUUGGAGAAAGCGCGAGAGUUGGCUCCAAAAGUCCCUCCCGAGGCUGUACCUGUGCUCCUCCCUUCCGUACCUGCACAGAUCCUACUGGAUUCUCUAAGACGCUGCCAAUUCAACGUAUUAGAUUCAAGGUUAGCUCAAGGAAUUCUAGGUGUCUCUCCUCUAUGGUUUCAGUUGAAACUCAAGUGGCAUGCUUGGAGAAAUAAGUAUUGACUUUACUUGGUACAGCCGAGAGUGUCAGCACAAUUUUAGGAAACUCAAAAUGCAAGAGUUCUUAUUUCUCCUACCCUCAGGAAUAUGUUCCUUUAUCUGUUUGAUAUGCCUGCAGAAAGCAUCGAGAUGCGAGGGAUCUCUUGCUUCAUGCAAUUUUGCUUACCUGAUUGCUUUUAUUACCGGAAAAAAGGGAUCCAAUUUGAUUCCGGGGAUCUCAGCCAAUAAAUUCAGUAAACACAUGAGCAAUAAAUUCUUGUUCUUCAUUGGUUGGAGAACUUUGUAAGGAGAAUGCAGGUAUGCAUCUUUGACAACUUGCUUGUACUGUGUCUUUCUAGUGUAAUGUUAGAUUGUCACCAUUUUUACAAAACAGCAAAACAAUAAAUCAGUUCUGUUAA